GCGGGGGUGGGAGAGACGCGUCAUUCCCUGGAACCCUCCGGCUUCCUUGCUGUUUGUCUGGGUCGUCCGUCUGCCCAUCGCUGGCCCCAGGCUCGCUCUCUGGCCCCAGCCCUCUCUCGCUCUCUCUCAGCAGCUGUCUCUCUCGUGCCCGCUGGCCUGCUUCUCCUUCCCGGCAGUGGCCUCCUCCUCUGCCUGCCUGGGUGGCCGCCAUGGGCCGGAAACGGCUCAUCACUGACUCCUACCCUGUAGUGAAGAGGAGGGAGGGCUCCGCUGGGCACAGCAAGGGGGAGCUGGCACCAGAGCUAGGGGAAGAGCCCCUAACCCUGAGCGUGGAUGAAGCGGAGCUGGAGCUGCUGAGGCAGUUUGACCUGGCCUGGCAGUAUGGGCCCUGCACAGGGAUCACACGGUUGCAGCGCUGGCAUCGGGCAGAGCAGAUGGGCUUGAAGCCUCCCCCAGAAGUGCGUCAGGUGCUGCAGAGCCACCCCGGGGAUCCCCGCUUCCAGUGCAGCCUCUGGCAUUUCUAUCCCCUCUGACACUCCACCGAAGACCUCCUGCCUGCUACUUGAGAACCAGACACAAGUGAGAGCCAGUUGCUGCCCCGCGGCUCAGCCCUGCUGUGGAGAACAUUUGGCAGGAAAGAGGCUCACAGGGAAGGAAAGAGGCCGAAUCUGGAGGUCUAACCAACCGGGUUCCAGGGCCCCCUCUGAGAACCGACACAGAGGAAGCCAGGUGACCCCUACAGGGAGAGUGAUCUCUGGAGGGCCUGGCCGUGACCCUUCUGAAGCCUGCCACACCCCUGUCCUGGACCCCGUGGUCCCUGGCAGCAGCUUUGGGCAGAACCAGACUCCGGCAGAAGGCAGAUGACCUCAGAGGCCAAGAUGCACCCGCUCCUCAGGCUGGGAACCAGAGGGCAGAACGGCUGAGCUCACAGGGCAAGGGGUUCACUAGUGCUUAUCAAUAAAGAACUCUGAGCCUGGAAA